ACUCACAAAGAUUAGACGCGUUGUCAUGUUUAAUAACAAUCUGUAUUGUUGCUAUAAUGUAAACAAACAAUAUUUCUAAGUGAACAACUUAGUACUUUCGCACGAUGUCGAAAACAGUGUUGAAGUGUGUGUUUGUGAUCUCCUUUGUGCUUGUGAAUGUGUGUGAUGUGUUUUCAAAGACAUUUGUAAAUGAAUUAAUUACAGAACAUCGACAUACUCACUGCACCCAUGAACACCCGAAGGAAGAUCAAGUAAUACGCGGUGUCCACAUCGAAGAACCCCAUAUAGUGAAGAAGCGAAGUAUAGACCAACCGUUAAGGAUUAGCAUAUUUUACGAUCAUUCGGUAUACAGAUUGGAGCCUGAAAAAUUUGACAUGAUAAAUAACACGAUAUUGCCUGAUGCUGUUAGAUUCUGGGAACAAGCUCUGAAAGUGAGGAAGACUGGUGGACCCAUCAAGCUGAAUAGAAAAUGUCCGUCCCGACAAGUGUUCGUACGCGGCGGGCGGUCGCACUGCAUAGACUCCUGCGCAGUCGACACCAUGUGCGGGGAGGUGCGCGUGCCCGAUCAUCACCUUAAUCCAUGUUACGUAUGCAACAGCACGGGCCACAACUGCCGGGCGUUACCCCGGAUGCGGCCCAGGAUUCCUGACGACGUCUCGCCGACAGAGAUCACGGGGAACGGACUCAGUGAAACGGAGCCCCCAGUUUUAGAAGAGGAGAUGGAGGAACCCAUAGGAGUGGAGGACACGGACUUCGUGCUGUACGUGAGUGCUGUGGAGACGGAGCGUUGUCGGCGCGGGCUCACCGUCGCGUACGCAUCUCAUUGCCAGCAGGAGUCUGCCUUGGACAGGCCAGUAGCGGGCCACGCCAACUUCUGCCCAGGCGAGCUGUCUACCAAGUACCGUGAUCUGCCAUCAGUGCUGUCAACGGUCAAGCACGAGAUGUUGCACGCUUUGGGGUUCAGUGUGUCAUUGUUCGCGUUCUAUAGGGACGACAAUGGAGAACCGCUCACGGAACGAAGACCUGAUACCGGCAAUCCACCGCUGGAUGAAGAGUUACAAAUCCACAAGUGGUCAUCGAGAGUGGUGAAGAACAUUACUCGUAAGAACUGGAUGAUCAGAGGAGGGUUUAUGGAGAGGACAUUUCACAUGAUUGUCACUCCCAGAGUCGUUAAAGAAGUUCGAAACCACUUCAACUGCUCAACGUUAGAAGGAGCCGAGUUGGAAGACCAGGGAGGAGAUGGCACCGCACUCACACACUGGGAGAAGAGAGUUUUUGAGAACGAGGCUAUGACAGGAACGCACACACAAAACUCUGUCUUUAGCCGGAUAUCCUUUGCCAUGAUGGAAGACACGGGGUGGUACCGCGCAGACUACUCGCACGCGGCGCCGCUCGACUGGGGCAAAGGCCUAGGCUGCACCUUCGCGAAGGCCUCGUGCAAACAGUGGAUCAACCAGCAAAGGUUGAGGCGUAAAAACCCGGCGCCAUUUUGUGAAAGAGUAAAAGGCGACCCGUUGAGGACUGAAUGCUCUCCUAGAAGGAAUGCGGUGGUCCUUUGCAACCUCGUGAAGCAUGAGACUAUAUUGCCAAGACAGUAUCAGCACUUCGACGUGCUACCCAAUGUGCCGGCCGGCGAGGAGGCGCGGUACGGAGGCUCAGUGUCGCUGGCCGACUACUGUCCGUACCUGCAGGAGUUCACGUGGAAGCAUAAGACGGUGCUGGUGCGCGGCAGCCGGUGCUCCUACGAGGAGAACACGCCUAAAACUGAUGUUAAUUUUGCACUGGAGAACUACGGGCCUCAUUCCAAGUGUUUUGAUCACAGUGAUCGGGUUUGGGAGCAGAAAUCUUGUAGACAGAUAAGGGAGUGGCAGCAUUGGGGCUCAGGCUGUUAUAAAUACAAGUGCGAGAAUGGAAGACUGCAUAUCGUGGUGGGCAACUACUCGUACACCUGUUUCCACGCGGGACAAGUGUUACAAGUUCGCAUCAUUAAAAGAGGGUGGCUGCAUAAAGGUGGUGUCGUCUGCCCGCCCUGUAGAGAGCUAUGCGCGGAGGAGUUUGCUUCCCGAAACGAAUACUGUAAAGGCGGCGAAGAGGCGUUACCACCGAACUUAUAUCCGAACGAUGUUUUAACUUGCGGGGUUCCCGCACUUUCUGCAUCCGCCAUUUUGUUGGCAGCGGCCAUUUUGUACAAUCUACUGAGAGACUGAAACUUUGAAGUUAUGUGAGUAAAAAGUUAUCAUUUAAACACAAUUUUGUGUGGGUCUUUUUCAGUGCAUACUCGAUUUGCGUAUUAGGAAACGCGAACUUUUGAUUAAUGUUCGUAUUGUGUCGCUUAUCGGUGAUAGAUACCCAAAAAUGUAACCUUUGUUGUCUAUAUUGUUUAUUAGAUAAGCAUUUUGUAAUAAAAGUGCAAGUGGGCAUUUUGCGACUAAAAUUAUUUGAAACCCUUCUGAAAUCUGUUAUAUCGGUUACUUAAUGAUAUUUUUAUUUGUACCUAAUUUGUGACGAAUUUAUUUUUUUCUGGCGCCAAAGUUGAUGCGAAGGCCGACAGUCUCACACGGCUAGGCUGACAGAUAAAAAAAAACACAAAAUAAAACAAACAGAUUGGUUUUGUUACCAUCGUUAUGUAAGACUGUUACCAAUAAUAACUUAAUUGUCUUACUUACAGCAAUUUUAAUUUAAGGAUAAACCUAGUUUUAUUUUUUUAAGUAUUUUUAAUCCAAAUUGAAUUGAGUCCAAUUGGAAAAGACAUUUAUUUAAUUUGUAAGUACUUAUUUCGUACUUACAAAUAAUAAUUUUAAAAGAAUUCAGUUUUAAGUAAAUAAA